AUUUAAGUAAUCGAAUCCGACCAGAGAGUGAAUCCAUAUCAACAUCAUCAUCUAUGACAUUUUCCAGUGGAACUCCAGAUACACCAAGCAUAAUUAAUACAUUAGCAUUCUUUACGAAUCCAUCAACGCCUCCAAAAUAUCCAUCAGUUAAAAAAGUGCGAAGUAUUGCGGCACUAACAACUUUAACGAAUGAUCCAUUUCGAGUUGGAGCAGGAGUUGAGAUCAGUGGUAUUAAAGUACGAGGGACAGUCACUUUGAAUCAGCUAAGUACGAGAUAUUCCGAUCGACCGGGAUCACCAAAAAGUGUUAAUGAAUUGCGAAG